CGUCGGUCGCGGACUGAUGAUGUCAGAGACCUGAAGCGGCCAUCGUGUGAUCAUGAGGGAGACGCUGUUAUCCAACUGUGAGCGGCAGUUCGUCCUGCAGGCCAUCGCCGAGAAGCAGCGUCUUGAUGGAAGACAGACAUAUGAUUAUAGGAAUAUCAAGAUAACAUUUGGAACUGAAUUUGGCUGUUGUAUUGUGGAAUUAGGUAAAACAAGGGUGCUUGCACAGGUAUCAUGUGAACUUGUUACUCCUAAACCUAGUCGGCCUACAGAAGGCAUAAUCUUCUUCAAUUUGGAACUCUCCCCAAUGGCAUCUCCUGCAUUUGAAGCUGGCAGACAAUCAGAGUUGCUAGUUAAACUGAACCGGCUACUGGAAAGGUGUCUGAGGAAUUCCAAGUGUAUAGACACAGAAUCCCUUUGUGUUGUAGCAGGUGCAAAGGUGUGGCAGAUUCGUGUAGAUUUGCACUUGUUAAAUCACGAUGGCAACAUUAUGGAUGCUGCAAGCAUUGCAGCCAUUGUGGCAUUGUCUCAUUUUAAAAGACCUGAUGUAUCAAUCCAAGGGGAAGAAGUCACUGUAUAUUCUCCAGAGGAGCGUGAUCUAAUCCCGCUGAGCAUCCAUCAUAUGCCCAUUGCAGUUAGCUUUGCAUUCUUUCAGCAGGGAAGCUACCUUUUAGUAGAUCCAAUUGAACAUGAAGAACGGGUCAUGGAUGGACUCUUGGUGAUUGCCAUGAACAAACACCGUGAGCUAUGUACCAUUCAGUCCAGUGGUGGAAUUAUGCUUCUAAAAGAUCAGGUUCUUCGUUGUACUAAAAUAGCUGGAGUGAAGGUGGCAGAGAUCACAGAACUAAUCCAGAAAGCUAUUGAAAAUGAUAAAAAUGUCAGGCAACAGGGUGGGAAGUUUGGAUUUGCAGAAUCUGUACCAAACAAGAGAAUUACUACUUUUAAACUUGAAGAAGUUGCUGUACAUACAGAAGGUGUAGAAGAACAAGCUGAAGAAAUUGUGUCAAAGGCUGAAACAUCACCACCAGUCAUUCCAAAACCAAUAGUGCGUGCUCCUGGGACGGGUCAAAUUGGGGAGGGAAUUCAAAAUGAAUGGAUGAUCAAUGAUCUGGAUGAAGAGGAUGAAGAAGAUGAAGAAGAUAUUGUUCCUGAACUAGAUACCCAGAAUAUGAGUCAUGAAGCUAAAGUUGUCCAACUGUCAGACAGUGAAGAGGAAGAGAUGAUAAUAUUGGAACCAGAAGGACAUCAAAAGGAAAGAAAGAUAAAAUCUGAAGAAACACAGCAAAAUACAAGCAAAAUAUCUCAAAAAAAGAACAAGAAAACACAGAAAAGAAAAAGAUCACUACUGUGAUAUUAGUUGUAAUAAAUUGAUAUGAAUUAUUACAUUAACUUUUAAUGUGUUGCAACUUUACUGUGUUCUCUAAAGAGAAAAUUUGUAAAAUUAUACCAUUACAGGUAUGCAGAAGUAGAUUUGGUGUGCCUAUGAUUUUAUGAAACCAAAUGCAUUUCAAAUGGGUAGAAUUGCUGAAUUGAUUUUUCUUAAACCUUGUGGAAUUUUUGCCUAUUUAUUGAAAUGACAUAGCAAGCUUUAAGUUCAGAUUCAUCACUGUUUUAUUAGUGCUUCAUUUGCUUCUAUUUGAAAGUUAAGCCUACAGAUUUUAUUUCUUGUAUACCAUCUGUUCAGAUUAUGAUAGAAUUACAUUUAUUUUCACCUUAAAUUUUUAUUCCAAACAAGGCAUUUGGAAUAAAAUCUUAAUUGUUGUCUGAUUGUCUUUUUGUGACAGUUACAAAAUUCUCACCAAGAGGAUUUUGAUUUCUUGCAGUUUAAAUUUAGAAUGACAGAGUCUGGUCAUUAUCCUUUUUAGUAUAGUGGGUAAAAAAUAGGUUUGGUAUCUUGAUUACUACCUUUUUUAUGCAGAAUUAAGAACAAAAUAAUAUUUUUAUUAUGCCUUUAGCAUUGAAAGGCCAAGGCACAAGAAAAUGUAGGAAUCAAGUCAAAUGAGGAUGUACCAUGUAGACCAUUAUUAGUGAAUAUUAUUGUGUUCAUUGGAAGCAUCACUUUAAAAGUAAAAACUGCUGUGAAAUUACUUUAGACUUUACUAUUCUUGAUGAGUUUUAAAAUAGAGAUUUAUUAUUUUUGAAAUUUUGAUACGAAAACCCACAAGUAAUUUUCCUGGCUUUUCCUGCAUAAGUUUUGUAGUACUUUAACUGAAAACAAAUGCUCCAGUUUCCCCACACAAUCCAAAGAUGUACCAGUUGGUAGGGUAAUUGCGCAUUGUAAAUUUUCCUGUGAUUAGGUUAGAUGGGUUGCCGGGCAGCGUGGACUAUUGGGCCAGAAGGCCCUUUUGAGUGCUGUAUCUCCAAAUAAGUUGCAAGUGAAAUAAAAUAUUUGACAUGUAUAAUGUAGCUAUUUAAUCAUGCUCAGUCAUACAGUGUGAAAUCAAACACUUCCACCCAGCAAGUCUUCCCUGACCAUGUGCACCCAUUUUACACUAAUCCUAUUUUAUUGUCCCUACAUUUUGUCAACUCCCCUCCAAUUUUACCACUUGUCUACACACAAUGUACAAAUUCUGGUGGCCAGUUAAUAUUCAGACUUGCACAUACUCCUGGCACAGAAUUUCUAGUCAACUAUUUGCAGGCCUUCAUAUACUAUCCUCUCAUCCUACAUAUUGGCAGUUAUUGAUAGGCAAGGUUUAUGUUUAGAAUAGUUGUGCAAAAAAGCACUGGUUUGUUCACAUCUGUCUAGCACAUAAAAAGAAAAUGCUGAAUUAGGAUUAAUAAAUUAAUUUUGCUUCAUGGUUUCAUUGUAGAACUUUGAUAAACUACAUCCUAAUUACAGCCAUGUUUAGAAACUGUCCAACAGUUACUAUAAUUGCAGAUUCAAUGGUAGGAGCAGUUGCAUUACCACACACUGCAUUUGCACACUAACUGAUGAAGAAGCCAUGGAGAUGUGCUGGUCUAAGCCAUCUGUCAUUCUAGUAACACUGCAUUAAAGCAGUUAAUCUAAUGAGAUAUUUCUUCAAAGCCUACUGUCACUUUAUGGAUGUACAAUCAAUCAAUGUAUGAAACUAACAUGCAUUUAUAGGAUUUAUUUAUUUAUUUAUUUAGCAAUGUAGUAUGGAGUAGGCCAGCAACCCCAAUUAUAAUGUAAUCAUGGGACAUAUUACAAUGAACAAUUAACCUACCUAGUAUGUCUUUGGAGGAAACCACAACACUGAGGAAAAACCCACAUAUUCCAAGGAAGGACAUACAGAAAUUUCUAACGGCAUUGCAAUUAAACUCCAAACACUGAUACCCCAAGCUUGUAAUAGCAUUGUGCUAUCCACCACACUAAUGUAUCCAAUUAUUGUGUUCUUUAUCUUAUUGUGGUUUUUUUUGUAUGCUGGAUCAGAUCUGAAGUAACAAUUGUUUUGCUCUUUACACUUGUGAAGUGGAAAC